AUGUUUUCAACAAAAAAAGAUUUUGCUCUCUUAGCUCGACAAAUUUCUUUACCAACUCGAGAAACUACUAAGGAAAAUUCUACUCCAUUUCUUGUUGAUAUUUAUCAAGUACGUUUAUGGAAAUUAAUUCAUUCACCUGAACAAACUGAUCUAGAUGAUAUUGCACAAGAAUUUCAAUGUAAUUCACAAGAAUUACUUCAUACAUUAGUUGCUUUAUAUGAUAAAUGUUUAUCAGAAAUUGGUGGUGAGACAAUUUACAGCACAAUAUGUGAACGAAAGGUUGUUUCAAUACUUAUCGUAUAUAAUAAUCCAGAAGUUGUAAUAAAACAAGGAGCUGUUAGUAAUCUUGUUACCGAUGAAGAAGAUUGUCUUGAUACAUUACUUGAAAAUAUAGAAGAACCAGAUAGUGUUUUUCAUGAUGUUUUUUCAGAUGCAUCAUCAAGUGAAAGUUCUGAAGAAGAAGAUGAAGAUGGUGAUGAAGAUGAAGAUGAUGAACGUGAUUAUUCGAUUGGUGUUGGAAAAUUUUUAAAAAAAGUGAAAGCUGAAAAACUUAAUCUUCAUAAACGUCUUAUUGGUAGUUUGAGUUUUCAAAAAAUAACCAUGUUUCCAACACCAGCACACGAAGAACAUGUUUUAGAUCUUUUGUUAUUAGCUUGUCGAAAAAAAUAUCGUGGCCGUGGAAUAGGUCGAUAUUUAAUGAAAUUAUUAAUGAAUCGAGAUUAUAUUGGAGAUUAUGAUGCUAUUAUAACAGCAUCCGAUCAGGGUGCCAUUAAUUUUUAUCGAAAAUUUGGUUUUACUGAAGAUGCGAUUUUAUUAAGCAAAUACAAAGAUAUUGGAGAUUGUUGGACAAAUACAACAAAAAUGUGUUAUUUACCACCGUACAAUGUUAUUGAUGAAGAUCCUAUUCGAUGUUUAACUAUGAUGGAUGAUCAAUUUCAAAAAUGGCAGAAAAGUAUGUUUCAUGGUUAUCAAAAUCAAGCCGCUUUAUUUCAACGAUUAAAACAUGAAAUGAUUGGUUUAUAUGCAAAAAUAAAUGCACAAGACCAAACAAUUGUUUCUCUAAAUCGUGAACGAUUUUUACUUGCAAAAGAAAAUGCUGCACUCAAAGUAAAAUUAUCUGAAUCAGCUUCUUAUCAAGAUGAUGAAAUUCGAGAAAAUGAACAACUUGAAACACUUCAAAUGAUUCGAGAAAUGGAAAAGAUUUCUAUACUGAAUGAAAAAUUACUAGUUGCUCAAAUGUCUUUAUUGAUGGAUGAUGAUUGUACUACACAAAUGGCUGUUGAAUAUUGUCGAAAUCGACUUAAAGAUGCAAAAAACUAUGAAAUUAAAGCAGAAAAGAUUACUCUUGAUGGUGCAACAAUUGCUUUAUAUCAAAGUUCUCUUCCAUUACUUCAUAAUGGUAAUCAAAAGAAUGAAACAUUGUUAUUUUAUUCUGGUCAUUCUGAUCAUAUUGAUAUCAUAGCUAAUGCUGGUUUUACUAAUGAAGAUUUUCUUUAUGGUUCAGUUGGUAAAGGUCUUUAUUUUCAUACAAAUAUAAAAAAUUUACAAAAAGAAAAAUAUCUUCUUUGUAAAGUUGCAUUAGGUCGUAUCGAACUUAUAUCUAAACCAAAAACAAAAUCAACUAUUACAUUAAAAAGAAAUACAGAAUAUGAUUCUGUUAAAAUUCUCGAUAUGGAUAUAAAUGUCGAUGAUGAAAUAGUUGUAUUUGAUUCUCAUCUUGCUUUACCAUUGUUUAUUAUAACAUUUGAAUAA